UUAAUCUUCCAAGUUCAUGAUUUUAAACUGAGAGGACCAUUCUUUACUGUAUCGAGGCUCACCAACCAUCAACCAAGCACGGCAACUAUAAACACCCAUACCAUAAUGGACAUUCCCAAAUAAACAAUCCCAUUAAACCAUAUUAUUAAAUUGCCUUCCAUUUUCGAAUCUUUGUCCUAAUUUUUUUUUCAUCUUAAACCAACCCUUUCUCUCUCUCUUUCUCCCCAUUCUAGUUUUCAAAUUUUCAUUCAUGGAUGCCCACCUACUAUUCCUCUUCUCCUAGAGGCUAGAGGCAUCUCUCUUUCCCUUCCUUCUCCUCCCUCCAAUCAAAAUCUCAACUUUUUUAGACCCAUUUGAUCUUUUCUUCCAUCUAUUUGAUCUUUGCAUGUGUCAGCACUCUCCACACGAGUUUCAGAAUGAUGGUGAAUGGAGCACAGAAAACAUAGUUGGAUUUCUAUCAGCAUCUCCAUCAUAAUCCUCUUGGGGCAAAAGCAUUUCCAGGUCAAGAAUUCUCGGUCUCUAGUUCCCAUUUUGUCAUCAUAUUGUUGGGGCUUGUGAUCUGCACCAUGGCAACCACUUUAAAAGGAAUCUACAAGAGUUUCAAAUAUAUCACCCAAAUAUUUGUUGUGAAGGAGCGGGAGAUGGAAAUUGGGUACCCGACAGAUGUUAAGCAUGUGGCUCACAUUGGAUGGGAUGGCCCCUCAGGAACUGGACCCAGUUGGAUGAAUGAUUUUAAAACAGCGCCUGAUUUUUCAACAUCACUAGGAAACUUGGGUGAACUAAGUGACCCCAAUGCUAUGGCUGUCACUACAUCAUGGUCCUCCCAAGAUUUUGAAGUGUCCACAGGAAGCCAACCAACAUCAAACAUUUACAAAGGCAUCCCAUCUGCAGGGGUUUCUCAUGCUCCUAAGAAAUCCAAGAAGAAAAAGACCAAGUCAGCUUCCCCUUCCGAGUUGGUAUCUGCUUCAUCAAGACACUCAAGAGCAACAAAGUCUAAGGCUACAUAUAGUGACAGAGAAGCAACACCCUCUUCCGAAUCGCUAUCUGCCUCAUCAAGACACUCAAGAGCAACAAAGUCUAAGGCUACAUAUAGUGACAGAGAAGCAACACCAAUCUCUCAAAAGUAGCAGGUUCAAGACUAUGGAAGACUGGAAGUAGUGAGAGGAAAAAAAAAUCAUUGUGAAUAGCCAGAUUAUGCUCUCAUCUGGUAAUCCAUUAGGAGAAGAAAGAUAAUAAAGGUUGAUUUGAAAGUUUUCCUGCUAUUUAGUACAUCCUAAUCCGCAGAGAGAAAAACCAAAUUGCUUAUCUUUUUGUCUAAAGGCUGAGAAUACAAGUGAAAACCCAAAAGGAGGUUUUUCUUGGAUGAUAGAAUAUGUUGAGUGUUUGGUCUUCUCUGAAUCAUAUGCAUCCUUAUAUUCGUUAGUUAUAUUGUCAGUUUUGCAGAUUAAAAUGAAUGGACAUGGAACAAGGAUAUACCAAUAGAUGCCUAUUUAACAAGAUUAUUAUGCUAGCAAUCGAUGAUUCUUGAAGUAGAAUGUAAUCAGUGCACUUAUAUACAUUGAACUGCUAGUGCCCAGAGAAGGGGAUUGCAAGUUAUUGGUUUUACUUUGACAAGUUAGCAAAAAAAUUGCAAUGGCCCUCGGUAUCCUCUUUGCUCCAUGAUGUUCAAUUGUUCAUCACUCAAUUGGUCCUUGAAUGUGCAUUGUGUUGUAUGUUU